UCAUACAAGAUCAUCAACUUCGCCCCCACCCUGCUUCAGAUAAUCGUGUCGGAGCAGGUGGAUUUUCCUGUUCGCCAGGCAGCGGCCAUCUACCUGAAGAACAUGGUGAGUCAGUACUGGCAGGACAGGGAGCCCUCUCUGGGGGAAGUGGUCUUUCCCUUCAACAUCCACGAGAACGACCGGCAGCAAAUCAGAGACCACCUAGUGGAGGGUAUCAUCCGCUGUCCUGAGUCAAUACGUUCGCAGCUGACCAUGUGUCUGCGAGUUGUCAUCAAACACGACUUCCCAGGCCGCUGGACAGCCAUAGUGGAUAAGAUCGGCGCGUACCUGCAGUCUCAGAGCAGCGGCAGCUGGUACGGCAGCCUGCUGGCUCUCUACCAGCUGGUCAAAACAUACGAGUACAGGAAGGCGGAUGAGAGGCAACCAUUGUUGGCAGCAAUGCAGAUCUUUCUGCCGAGGAUUCAGCAGCUCAUCAGCCAGCUGCUGGCCGACGCCACCAUCUUCUCUGUCCUCAUCCAGAAACAGAUCCUUAAGACCUUUCACGCUCUCGUACAGGUGUGUGUGCGUGUGCAUGUGUUCAUGUGUGUUUUUUUUUAGCUUGACUUGAUUCAGAAGCGUAAUGUCUUAAGACCUGUUCUUGGGAAUAUCUUUAUGAAGAAAUGAGUGCUGUCAAAAGAUCAAAAAUAUUUAAUCGGAUUAAUCACAAGUUUAAAAGGAACAUAUUUAUUUGUAGUUUAAUUUUUUGUUGGUGGAAAGACAAAUGCAGGUAUGGAAGAAUGAGAUGCUAGAAGCAGUUAGAUCAAGAUUUUUAUUUUAUUUGUUACUUUUCACUUGAGUUUUUCUGAGCAAAAAUGUCUCAGGGAGUAUUGACCAAAACAUCGAUAAUAAAUUAUAUAAUAAAAAUAAUUGCUGCAU